AUGGAAGCGUCGGAGAAAUUCCAAGAGUUUACCCUCUUCAUACGCCGCCUGUGUCGGAUUAUCGGUGUCGAUGUGCUGGACGGAUCCUGGCAGAUGAACGGGGCCACCUAUUUCGCGCUGUUCCUGUGUACCGUCUACACGAUCGGCACAGUGACGGCGAUCGUCGUGGCACCGGACUUUUUCGAACUACUCAAAGCGCUCUCGUUCAUUGGUUUCUUCUUUCAAUCCACCAUCAAGCUGUACUUCACGCUGUCGGACCGGAAAGCGUACCACAGCAACUACGCCAGCCUCGGUCGUGACAUCUACGAAGCGCAUCUCGAUGGAACGGUGAGCCAACGGAAAGUGAUCCUGCAGAACAUCGAUAUCGUGUUGCUGCUGAAGAAUGUGACCGCACUGCUCUACUUUGCGACACUCAUCAUCUUCUCCUGCUAUCCGGCCUACAUGUACUUCGUGAUGCACGUUAGGGUGACCAUGCUGCCGCUACUGUUUCCCGGUCUCGAUAUCUACUCAAUUUACGGGUACAGUGUCACCACCGCGCUGCACGUCAUCAUCGCGAGCUAUGGCCUGAUGGGUGCGCUGGUAUCCGACAUUGCGUUCAUGCAGUUCGUGCUGCACUUUAAGAGCUUCGCGGAACUGUUUCAGAUCAUGUGCGAAGAGUUUGGACAGGAGCUGCACGAAAAGACCGCGGAAGAUGAGCCACAUCGCCGGCGGAAGUACGACGCGUUCUGUCGCCGCGGUAUGCGUGCCAUCUUUCAGUAUCAUCAGAACACGAUCGUGUACCUGAAAUCGUUGAUCAUGUGCUACGGUACGAUCUGUGCCGUCAUGGUAAUAAGCUGCAGCUAUUCCAUCAUGCUGAACCUCUUCCUGGCACUCAUGACCGAUUGGUACGCCACGUACAGCUUUCUGUUGGUUUCACUGUUUCAGCUUCUAGUAUUCUCCAUGUUUGGUUCCGUCAUACAGGCCACGAAUGGUCGCUUGAAUCAUACCAUCUCCUGUCUGCCGUGGUAUCUGCUACCGACCCGGGAACAGCAGCUCUACCAGCUGAUGCUCUUCAAGAGCCAGCUACCGGACGAGGUCUUCAUUCUGGGCGUCGGUCCCCUCAACAUGGAAACGUUUACGCUCAUCAUGAAGAAGAUCUACUCGGCGUUCGCCAUGAUGUACAGCUUCCUGGUGGAAGACGGUGACGAAGGAGGCGCCCUCAGCGAUGUCCACGGCGACGGAGGUGGCGGGGCUGGCGCUGGCGCUGGCGGUAGCUAA